AUGGUGGAGGCGGUGGUGGAGGUUACGGUGGUUCCUCCAGCGGCGGCGGAGGGAACAUGUACGGUGGUGGCGGUGGCGGAGGAAGUAUGUAUGGCGGGUCUUCUGGUGGCAGCAGUGGUGGUGGUGGAGGAUAUGGUGGAUCUUCAAGCGGCGGAAGCGGCGGAGGCUACGCAGGAGGCGGCAGAGGCUACGGUGGAUCCUCUGGUGGUGACAGCGGAAGCGGUGGAGGGAAUUACGGUGGAUCCUCUGGUGGUGGAGGUGGCGGAGGAUACAGUGGAUCCUCUGGCAGUGCGACAGCAGGUGGCGGAGGCACAGUGGAUCACUCUGGUGGUGGGCGGCGGGAGCUGCGGUGGAUCCUCUGGCGGUGCCAGAGCAGCCCAGGCAGCGGAGGGAUGCAGUGGAUCCUCUGGUGGUGCUGGAGACAGCGGAGGCAGCGGAGAACUACAGUGCUGGAUCUCACUCUGGUGGUGGGAGGCGGCGGAGGCUGCAUUGAGAUCCUCUGGCGGUGGAGGCAGCGGAGGCGGCGGAGGAUACGGUGGAUCCUCUGGUGGUGGAGGCAGCGGAGGCGGCGGAGGCUACCGUGGAUCCUCUGGUGGUGGAGGUGGCGGUGGCUACAGUGCAUCCUCUGGUGGUGGAGGUAGCGGAGGCGGCGGAGGCUACGGUGGAUCCUCUGGUGGUGGAGGCAGCGGUGGCAGUAUGUAUGGUGGAGGCGGCGGUGGCAGUAUGUAUGGAAAGUAA